AUGUCCGACUCCUACACCAGCUCUUCGUACUUCUACAGCUCUAUGAGCAACACCGCCGCCGGAGCAGCCGCCACCACCGGAGCAACCGCCACCGGCCACCGGUAUACAACGUCCUCGCAUACCGAACCCGACGGGACGACCGUCGUGCGCACAGCGCACCAGGAGCUAGGCAAGCCCCUUGUCGUGGAGGAGCGCCGCUAUGAUCGAACAGGCCAGGAACAGCUGGCUCUCCCUGAGCCGGCGGGGACGUCGGCUGGCGGUGUGAAGCGUAUUACUGAGUUGGAAGAUGAGGAUGUUACCGGCGCUACAAGUCUUGAUCCCGGCACGACGUAUGGGGGGGCUGAGGCCGGGGGGACUGCCUCGCAGAAUAUUGAUGAGAAUGUUAUCGACCGGGAGUCGGUGGAUCUGGGGACUACGCCGUUUGGGGUGCGCGUGCUUGAUACGUUGACGGGGGGGUCGAAUGCAAGGGAGUCGAGGGAGUCUGAGGAUCCAAAUACGGGGGCGAGGUUGUUGAGGCAGUCGGAUGUAGAUGUGUCGGAAGUCAUUCAAUGA